AUGGCGUCGGUUCCGCUGCAGCAUGACACAGUGCAGAGACGGGUUGCCGCCUCGGCUGGCAUCCACGGCUUUUUGCACAAGGAGGGCAUGACCGACCUCCACAACUGGCACCCUCGCCACGGCCCCUACCGAGCGGAGCGGUUAAAGCGUUGGAUGGCUGAGCGCAAGGAGAUGCUGGAGCAGGGCAAGCUGGCGCCGCCGCUGCCGCAGCACCCUGCCUGCCAGGUGUUUGUCAACCACCUGUACAGAGUGGUCUACCUGCGCUUCGCCAAGGCCGCCUCCACCAGCCUGCUGUGCCACUUUGGGGGCUGCAGCGCCAACGCCACGGACCCCAGCCAGAAGGGACUGGGCUUCAAGCUGCUGCAGGCGCGCCGGCGCCGCGCCAUCCGCCUGCCUGCCCGCCUGAUGCCACACUGCGCCAUGGUGCAGGAGGACAUCAAGCUGGAACCCCUGGAUCCAGAGCACGUGGCCGACCUGGCCGGCAUGUGGCGCAGCUACUUUGUCGCCGCUUUUGUGCGCAACCCCUUCCAGCGAGCCGUGAGCGCCUACCAUAUGCUGGCGCGCAACCUGGACCCCGCCGGCCCAGCCGCACAGGCGUACGACUGGAACACCUUCUGCGCCGACCCCGCCGGCUUCCUCGACCUGUGCAAGCAGGACGCCAAGUGCAACUCCACAAAGGACGCGCAGCACAUCUUCGGGCACAUCCACCCGAUGCACGACUGCCUCAUCACGGAGGGCGGCGGCUGGGCGGUGGACUUCAUAGGCCGGGUGGAGCACAUUGACGCAGACCUGCAGGCGAUGCUGGAAGAGAUUGAGCGGCGGCGGCCCGCGGAAGCGCCGCCGGUGAAGCCGCUGCAAGGCAGCCUAGGGAAUGUGAACGGCCGCAGCUGCGAAGGGGCGACAGGAGGCUUUGGCGUCGACACGGCCAAGGAGCAGUACUGCGACCCCGCCGAAUACUACCAGGGCGGGCACGCGCAAUGCUACCGCCAAAUCCAGCACCACUAUUACAGCGACGUGCACGCGUUGAGACUGGCCUGA